AUGGUCAGGGACGGGCCUUCGGCGACAGAGUCGACGCCUGUCGCCAGCAGCUCAGACACUAAAUCUCCACCCCGAACCCUCGGACUAGUUCAAGUAUACCCGGAUCCUGAACAUAUCACCGCGACGGAUCAAAAGGUUGACAGCAUCAUAGCAAUGCACGGACUGGACGCGAAAUCGCCAGAUACAUGGAUCGCGUGGAAGGAAGACGGCAAUCCAGCUUCUGGUGAUGUCCACUGGCUGAGAGAUGACGAUAUGUUGCCUCGGUCUAUGCCCAACUCGCGCAUCUUGACAUAUGACUGGAACGCAAACUACGCCGCCGAUGCUUCCAGUGAUAAGUUUCUCGGCCAUGCAGAUGCGCUCCUUGAUCGCAUCUACGUAGAUCGGGAGGACACGGGCCGACUAGAGCAUCCUAUAAUAUUUGUUGCCUCCUGUUUCGGCGGGUUGCUCUUGGCUCAGGCUCUUAUUCGAUCAGCUGAUCAGUUUCACCCUCGUGGCAAAAAUUACCGUCAAAUCCUAGACUGCACAAUUGGUGUAGUAUUCCUCGGCACACCUUUCCGAGGUAGCUGGGAAUUCGGGUACACGACUGCAGACGUGCGGGUCUCUGCUGCCAUCGCAACAGAGACCGAAUUUACCAGAGAAUUAAUAGAAUAUCUGAAACAGGGGACACCGGAAUUGCCUGGUCCGCUAGACCAGCUUGUGCAAAGGUUCAGUGAGAUGAUCCAUCACCGCGACUUCAAUUUCGACAAAGUGUGCUUCUACGAAACUCGCCGCACGGAUUUUUCAGCGAAAAUAAAGAAAAUGACAUUGCCUGAAAGUUACACCAAGAAUCUCGAUACAAAAGGCCGUGGAAUUGUUGUCACCAAAGACUCUGCCUGCCUUCAAGGCGUAGAAGGGGUAGCUUUGGAUGUCAGGCACAACAUGCUGCACAAGUUCAAUUCUCCUAAAAAUGACGGCUACCGACGCUUGGUAUCGAGACUCAAGGGGUUUUCUGAACGGCCCCCUAAGGUGAGGCUGUCCAAAGAAGAACAAAAGUGCCACCAGUUGUUCCGUCUCACAAGUGGCAGCCAUGACGCCACGUACGAGUGGUAUAAAGGCCGAGUGGAAGAGAAGGUUGAAGACACGUGCCUUUGGUUCCUCAACCAUGAGCACUUCCAGGUUUGGUUGAAACAACAGUCCGGCCCCCUGCUAGUCACCGCGGAUCCCGGCUGCGGAAAGUCGGUGUUGGCGAAAUACCUGAUCGACCACGUCCUCCUACGAUCGGCACCGUCGACAGCCAUCUGCUACUUCUUCUUCAAAGACCAAGACCAGAACACGGUGCGGCAAGCGCUUUGCGCACUGCUUCACCAGCUUUUCGACCACAAGCCGUCUUUGAUCAAACAUGCCAUGUCACAGUAUAGCAAGGAUGGGCAAGGGUUGAUCAACUCUACCGAAUCGCUCUGGAAGGUUCUACGAAACGCUAUAGAAGAUCCCCAGACAGGACCUGUAAUCAUUGUCCUUGAUGCCCUGGACGAAUGUUCAGAAGCAGAGUUUCCGGUCCUUAUGCGGAAUGUGGAGCGCCACUUUCGCAACGACAAGUCGGGCCCUCGCAAGUUGAAGUAUCUUCUAACGUGCCGCCCAUAUGAGCAGAUUGUGUCCAAGUUCCGAGGCCUGCUAAAGGCUUUUCCAAAUAUCCAUAUACCAGGAGAGGAAGAGUCGGAAACCAUUAGUCAGGAGGUGAAUCGCGUCAUUACGCACCGGGCUAAUCAGCUAUCGACGAAGAAGGGCCUCUCAGACCAAAUCAAGUGUCACUUGGAGGCAAAGCUACGAGAGAAAACCCAUCGCACUUAUCUUUGGGUAUAUCUUAUGUUCGAUUACCUAGAGAAAGAAGACUUCAAAAAGACAAAGAAGGGGGUAGAUGAGUCAACGAUUGCAACACUUCCGGGGAGUGUCAAUCAGGCAUAUGAGCAAAUUCUUAACAAGUCUAAGGAUCACCCGAUGGUUCGGAAAGUCCUGAGUAUUAUCCUGGUCGCGAGUCGGCCGCUGACAAUAUCGGAAAUGAACGUUGCUGUGAAUGUAGACGACAAUUCACAUUCCAUUCGUGACCUCGACCUCGAGAAUGAAGAUGAUUUCAAAUUGCGUCUCAGGUCUUUAUGCGGAUUAUUCGUCUCAAUUCAUCAUGGCAAGAUUUAUUUCCUUCAUCAAACCGCCCGUGAGUUUCUCCUUGCAGAUUUAGCAUCGCCUACAACCGUUCCAUCAGGGCUACACUGGCAUCAUUCCAUCACUACUCGCCAUGCACAUGCUGUUCUUGCGGGGCUCUGCGUGCGCUAUCUGAACUUCUUUAACUCCGACGUUACCCCUCCAACAGAUGCAAUUACGAAGGCCGAUCCCUCCGACGAUACUCACGCCUUCUUAGAUUACUCGGCCAAAAGCUGGGGCGCUCACUUCCGCGAGGCCGAGAUCAUUGGUGACGCUUCAAUUGUCCCUUUCGCUUUGAGAAUAUGUGAUCCGGGUUCGAAGAGUUACUCAACUUGGUUUUCAAUUUAUUGGGAGACCACACAUAUGGAGAAUACAGAGUUUACGGAUCUUAUUGUAGCCUCAUAUUUUGGGCAUAAUGCCACCACCAAGCUAUUGCUAGACAAGGGCGCCGAGGUUAACUUAAAGGACAGUAAGUAUGAUCGGACGCCGCUCUCGUGGGCUGCUAUCAAUGGUCGUGAAGCCAUUGUCAAGCUAUUACUAGACAAGGGCGCCGAGGUCGACUCGAAGGACAGCAAGUAUGGUCAGACACCGCUCUCAUGGGCUGCCGAGAAUGGCUAUGAAGCUAUUAUUAAGCUAUUAUUAGAUAAGGGCGCUGAGGUUGACUCGAAGGACAGCAAGUUUAAUCGGACGCCACUCUCGUGGGCUGCUAUGAACGGUCGUGAAGCUAUUGUUAAGCUAUUACUAUAUAAGGGCGCCGAGGUUGACUCGAAAGACAGCAAAUAUAAUCGGACGCCGCUCUUGUGGGCUACUAUCAAUGGUCGUGAAGCCAUUGUCAAGCUAUUACUAGACAAGGGCGCCGAGGUUAACUUAAAGGACAGUAAGUAUGAUCGGACGCCGCUCUCGUGGGCUGCUAUCAAUGGUCGUGAAGCCAUUGUCAAGCUAUUACUAGAUAAGGGCGCCGAGGUUAACUGGUGGGACAGCGAAUAUGGUUGGACGCCGCUCUGGUGGGCCGCCAGGAAUAGUCAUGAAGCUGUUGUCAAACUACUACUAGAUAAGGGCGCUGAGGUUAACUUAAAGGACAGUAAGUAUGGCCGGACGCCGCUCUCGUGGGCUGCCCAGAAUAGCCAUGAAGCUAUCGUCAAGCUAUUACUAGAUAAGGGCGCUGAGUUCGACUCGAAGGACAGCACUUUUGAUCAGACGCCGCUCUGGUACGCCGUCAGGAAUAAUCAUAAAGCUAUCGUCAAGCUAUUAUUAGACAAGGGCGUCGAGGUUAACUCGAAGGACAGCGAGUAUGGUUGGACGCCGCUCUGGUGGGCCGCCAGGAAUAAUUAUGAAGCUAUUAUUAAGCUAUUAUUAGAUAAGGGCGCCGAGGUUAACAUGAAGGACAGCAAGUAUAAUCGGACGCCGCUCUUGUGGGCUGUUAUAAAUGAUUGUGAAGCCAUUGUCAAGCUAUUACUAGAUAAGGGCGCCGAGGUUAACUGGAGGGACAGCGAAUAUGGUUGGACGCCGCUCUGGUGGGCUGCUAGGAAUGGUCAUGAAGCCAUUAUCAAGCUAUUACUAGACCACGGCGCCUAG